AUGAUUGCUGUUGACAUGGAACCUUUGCGAAAAGGAGAACAUGAAGGAUUUCGGGAUUUUGUAAAUGCUCUCGAUAGUAGAUAUGAAAUUCCUGAUACAACAAUAUUGAAAAAGAAAUUACUGCCGGAAUAUUAUGAAAACGUGAAACAGAAGCUCGUCAUAGCAUUAUCGAAAGCAGAACAUGUUAGUGUGACUACUGACUUAUGGACAUCAAUUGCAAAUGAAGGCAUCCUUUCAGUUACUUGUCAUUUCUUUCACAACGAAAAAUUAAUUGCACCAUUAUUGGAAGUUGUGAAGAUGGAAGGAAGUCAUAACGCAGAAAAUAUAGCCAGUAUGUUGGAUGCUACUCUCUCAAAAUGGGAUAUCAGGUCAAAAUGUGAAGCAAUAACGACUGAUAACGCUCAAACAAUGAUUAACGCCGCAGCCAAACUGCAUAUACGACAUAUACCCUGCUUUGCGCACACACUAAACCUGACGAUGAGUACUCUAGCUAGCGAUAAAUUACGGGCUAUUCAACGUGAAUUAAAUAAACCAGAACUGAAAGUGAUCCAGGAAGUACCCACCCGCUGGAACAGUGCAUACCACAUGCUGCAAAGAAUUGUUACAAUGAAGACAGAAUUAACUCUCGCACUUAAUGAAUGUAAUCGGGCUCCACCAGGAGUCAAUGCUGACGAAUACCUAAUUAUUCAAGAAACAAUUCAAAUUCUGGAACCUUUCGAUCUAGCUACAACAAAAAUUUCCGGAGAAAGCUAUAUAACAUUGUCACUGAUAAUACCAUUGAUUCGUGGAAUAAAAACGAAAUUAGUAGAAGUUGAAUCUCAAAUUGUUACUGAAAGCGGAAACAAAAUAUUACUCUGCAUGAAGGGAUCAGUUGACAAAAGACUAAGUCCCUAUGAAAGCAGGACACCUGUUGUACUUGCUACAAUAUUGGACCCCAGAUUUAAGAAGAAGGGGUUCAAAACAAGUGACGACGAAAAGCGAGCUGGUCAGUGGCUGGAAAAGGCCUAUGCUAGCCAUUUAACUAAAGAACGCUUGGCUGUAGAAGAAACGCAACCAACACCAUCCACGUCUUCAGGAACAUCUAAUGACCUGUUGGGAUUUCUAGACGUUCCGGACGUAUCGACCCCGUUGAGUAACUCAUUGGUAGAUGUCAGGCAAUAUCUCGAGAAGCCAGUAAUUGACAGAAAAGAGUGUCCUAUAACAUACUGGAAAUACACCAACAAUAAAUUGAAGGAAUUAGCGAUGCUCUAUCUCUGUAUUCCAGCAUCUUCUCUAGUUCUAAAGCUAGAGAAAGAGCUUAAUAGGACUGUGAAAUUCGGAUUAAAACAUCAUCAUGAUCACAGAUAUCCAGCUAGCAGUUUUCUCUAA